GCAGGUAGCGACACUCACCUGAGCCCGUGCACAGGGCUCCUGUCGCCUCGGGAGCGGCGGACUGGCGGCCUGGGCCGCGGAGGGGCCCCCUGUGCUGCGGGACUGGGGGACUCGGGAGCAGCCCCAGCGCGGACCUGCGAACUGAGGUGAUGGCGCGUCUUCCUUAAAUCCCUCCCCCACCCCGCACCUCCGCCCUCCAGGCUCUCGCCCGGGAAGCCAGGAGAGAGGGGCCCCGGGCGCGGAGCACACGCGGGCGCACGCCCCGAGGCCAGCGCGCCGAGAGGGGCGCCGCGGCGCCGGCGCAGGAAACUUGGGCGAAGUUAGUUGCAAGUCCCGGGCGGAGGCCCAGAGGACCGAGGAGGGGGCGCGGCCGGUGCUGGGCCCGCCGAGCUGCCCGGAAGCCGGGCCGCGAUCCACGCCCGGUGCGCUCCGGGAGCCCGAGUCGGCCGGAGAGCCAGGAGGGGCUUGGAGCGAGCGGAGCCGGCAAUGGCUCGAGGGACAGCGAGACGCGGCGCUUCGGCGAGCCACGAGGAUUUCCUUUGAGGCCCGGAGAUCCUAGGCUCGCCCAAGCCUCAUCCAACCUCCUUCCCCGACCGGCAGGCGGAGAGGAAGACCCACGAGGCAGGUGCUGGGGCGCGGACAGCUCCCCCCGCAAAACCCCAGCUCAUUAGGGGGGUUCCCGUCAGCGCGCCCUGCCUGCCCCGAGUGAGGAAGACCGGCUGGUGCCGCUGUAUUUGUAUUUAUAUCCAUUGCUGCGCUCUGCGUUCCCUUGGUGCGCCCGGACCCUCCUCCGUCUCCCCCCUCCUCUUCCUCCUCCGGGGCCACCUCCCCUCCUCCCCCCACCCCCAUCAGCUACUGUCAAAUGAGAAAGUCACCGAGGAGAACCCAAACACUCCAGCCGCCGAGAGCCCCCUUUGGCACUUGGCAGCGCGCGGCGGCUGAUUCCUCUGCUCAACCUGGUGGAGCCUCCGCGACGCAAGUUUCCCGGCUGCUGUGCCUUUAACAGAGAAAAGACCGAGGACGGGGAGAGCGCUGCCCGGUGGCGGCUACCUGCGGGGAGUUCGCGAGCGAACGCGACUGGAGAGGAAGGACAAAAAGAAAGCAAAGGGCAGACUGCCACCGUGGGGUGGGGACACCGCCGAGAAGUUAUCGCGCCCCGGAGAGGAUUUUCCCGAGCGCUCGGCCGGAGAGAGCGGGGCGGCCAGGGGAGCGGCGCGGCCCGGGGCUGGUCCCCCGGCCCCCUCCUCCCGCGCGGGAGCGACGCCGGGGUGCGAAGUGGGGCGCGGCGAGCGCGGCGGGCCGAAAGGGUCCCCGCGGACAGCCAACAUUGAUUUCCUCCGGGCCGACAGCGACGGCGCGGGCGGCGGCGGCGGCGGAGGCGGGCUGCAGCCGCGGCACGGCGAGAGCAUGUCCAAGCCGGUGGACCACGUCAAGCGGCCCAUGAAUGCCUUCAUGGUCUGGUCGCGGGCUCAGCGGCGCAAGAUGGCCCAGGAGAACCCCAAGAUGCACAACUCGGAGAUCAGCAAGCGCCUGGGCGCCGAGUGGAAGCUGCUCACCGAAUCGGAGAAGCGGCCGUUCAUCGACGAGGCGAAGCGCCUGCGCGCCAUGCACAUGAAGGAGCACCCAGACUACAAGUACCGGCCGAGGCGCAAGCCCAAGACGCUGCUCAAGAAGGACAAGUUCGCCUUCCCUGUGCCCUACGGCCUGGGCGGCGUGACCGACGCCGAGCACCCGGCACUCAAGGCGGGCGCCGGGCUGCACGCGGGCGCGGGUGGCGGCCUGGUGCCCGAGUCGCUGCUCGCCAACCCCGAGAAGGCGGCCGCCGCCGCCGCCGCGGCUGCCGCCCGCGUCUUCUUCCCGCAGUCGGCCGCCGCCGCCGCCGCAGCCGCCGCCGCCGCCGCCGCCGGCAGCCCCUACUCGCUGCUCGACCUGGGCUCCAAGAUGGCAGAGAUCUCGUCCUCCUCGUCCGGCCUCCCGUACGCGUCGUCGCUGGGCUACCCGACCGCGGGCGCGGGCGCCUUCCACGGCGCGGCGGCGGCGGCUGCAGCGGCGGCCGCGGCCGCCGGGGGGCACACGCACUCGCACCCCAGCCCGGGCAACCCGGGCUAUAUGAUCCCGUGCAACUGCAGCGCGUGGCCCAGCCCCGGGUUGCAGCCGCCGCUCGCCUACAUCCUACUGCCCGGCAUGGGCAAGCCUCAGCUGGACCCCUACCCCGCGGCCUACGCCGCCGCGCUAUGACCCCGCGGGGCCGCCUCGCGAGGACCGGUGUGCACACUGUACAUAUGUAUAGGUACGAGCUCUGCGGCCUCCCCGAGCGCCCUCCCGCGACGGGGGCCCCGGUUUGUAUGUACAUAAGAUGUCUAGGUGCCAGGCGGAGGCAGAGAGGCCAGUCGGGGCGCGAGUGGCCGAGCGCGCGAGUGCGCGGGCGAGUGUGCGUGUGAAUUCACAGGGUCAUUUCAGACCUGCACCCCGGCAGACAACCUUAAAGAGGGCAGUUGUAUCUCGCAGCAGUUGAUGUUUGCUUUGCACUUCGGAACCUGUUGCGUUACGGCCCACAGAGGUGGAAGAGUAACUUUUUGAUAUGUUGGGCUUUCCAGCUUUCUCUGUUGGAAGUUUAUUGUCGGUUUUGUUUUUGUUUCCCAUUAUCUUUCUUUUAUUGUUAUUAUUCUUUUCUCCUGGUCGCUGUUGCAUGCACUCUGUUCAAAUGUUGGGUCUGAAAUGGUUGGCACAAGGGAAAAGCUGAUCUGUGUCAUUAGUUUCUCGGAGCGGGAUGGCUCUGAGCAGCCUUGCUCCCUAUUUGUACCAUUUGAACUUUGCAAAUCUCUGUUCUCUCAAGCAGAACCCCCAGGCCGGAUCCAUUCUUGACCAGUGACCGGCUCGAAUCUGGCCUUUUGUGUGUGAGACGAUCACGGUUUCUUUGGUUUAUCAUGGCAUAUGCAAAUCAGAGCAAGAGCUCUUUCUCAAGAGCAAGGACCGCAAACAAGAAAUAUGUGUGAGAUGAAAGGUUGUCAAUUGGAUUUUCUCCCUUAAAAAACAAACAAACAAACAAAAAACCGCUAGAAGUCUCCCUGAGUCCACUCGCUUGGAUUUUUGACACAGUUUACACAGAAAGAGAAAAGGCAUUAUUCCUAUUUUCCCCUUAUGACUUGAGUUUCACUUUAAGAUUGUAAAUGUGUAUAGGUCCUUGAAAACAUUAAGUCUGAAAAUGUGUUAUUUGCGUUGCCCUAAAUCUGAGUCGGUUUUAGACUCUAAAACAUUUUGAACAAAUGUCAAAGUUAACUUUUAAAAAUUGCGGGACUAUUUCAGAACCGCAAUUUAAUCUAAGAUUAAAUCAGACUUUUUUUGUCUGAGUGGUAAUUAUAUAUUUAUUAUUUAACAAAACAAAGCAAAAACCAGAAUUGUUUUGACAGAUGCCUCUCUGUUUCAGCUAGCAUUUCUCCAACUCAAACCGUUUAAAUAAAUGUGUUUUGGAGUUCCCUCCCUAAUUAGCUUAUUUUUUAGAUCACCUGCAAUUCAUUUGCAAAUUAUGAUAAAACACAUUUUAGAGAAAAGAACCUCAUUUGUAGCUUUUUUUCUUUUUAAAUGUAUAUAUUUUGACUAAUGUUUGUGAAUGAAGUUGGCUAACAUGUAUUUAGUUUCAUUUUGGCUUUAUGUAAUAUAAAGUUUUAAAAAGUUUAAGUAUUGGUUUUAACCUUUAUGUGUAAAUGGUUUUCUUGUGUGAUCUUCUAAUUUAAUAUUAGACGUCUAAGCUAUAUCUGUAAAUUAGAAUCCGACUAUCACUCUGUUCAUUUUUUUUGAACAAAGAGUUUAAAUAAAGCCUGAACCAGGGAAAAGAGAAAAUCCUUUAUUUCUUGUUGAGUUCCUAACAAGAUUUUUAUCUGAAUUGCCCUUACGUGCCUGGUCCAGGUGAAGUGUAAGGUAUCCUCCAAAGGCAGCCUUUGUUUCACUUUUGAAUAGAU